AUGGUUUUUGACGAGGGCUACUUCAUUAACAGCCAUUACAGAGGCUACAAUCAUUUGAAAUCCCAGAUCGACUAUCCAUUGAAAAGAAGAAAUGUCACCUUUCUGCUAAUGCAGUCAGAAGUGUUGUCUAGUUUGCAUCCUGAGUGUGAGUAUAUCUUUCAGUUGGCAAGAGAUGAACAGCGGUGUCUCAGAGAGAUCACAGAUCUUGGGAACCUCAGCAGCUCCUCAGAUUGUCUGCCAGUAUGGGAUUCAGUAGUGUGUUGGCCCAGGGCUGCAGUGGGUGAGACGAUCCACUUGCCCUGUCCUGCUGUUUUCUCUGUCAUCAAGAACAACACGGGGAUAGUGAGUCGUAACUGCACGGCUGGCGGCUGGUCACAUCCGUUCCCUGCUUACCAUGAGGCCUGCAGUGUUGAGGACGAGAUCCCAGAGGAGUCGUAUUUUGCCACUGUGAAACUGAUCUACACUGUUGGUUAUGGAGCAUCACUGCUGUCGCUCUCUGUUGCCGUGGCAAUACUGCUGCUCUUCAGGCGAUUACACUGUGCUCGAAACUACAUCCACAUGCAGCUGUUUUUCACCUUCAUCCUGAAAUCGGUGGCUGUGUUUAUCAAAGAUGCCACGCUGUUCUCCAGUGACGACACAGAUCACUGCACACUCUCUACAGCGGCCUGUAAGGCGUCAGUGGUACUUUGUCAUUAUUGCGUCAUGACUAAUUUCUUCUGGUUGCUGGUUGAAGCCGUGUAUUUGAACUUUCUGCUGGUCUCGGCCUUCCCGCGCAGCCGCCGCUGUCUCUGGAGUUUCGCUCUGCUGGGCUGGGGUUUUCCCCUGGUCUGCAUCAUCCUCUGGAUCUGCUCUAGACUGUAUUUUGAGGACACAGAGUGUUGGGACAUAAAUGAAGAUUCUCCUUAUUGGUGGAUCAUCAAGGGUCCUAUUGUAGUGUCUAUAGGGGUGAACUUCUUUCUGUUCAUGAACAUUAUCAGGAUUCUGGUGCAGAAACUGAACCCUCGCUUGAUCCAGUUCAACAAUUCGGCUCAGUACAGGCGACUGACCAAGUCCACCCUCCUCCUCAUCCCUCUCUUCGGCACUCAUUACAUGGUCUUCAGCUUUCUCCCAGACUACUUCAACGUGAGCCUGCGGCUUUGCAUCGAGCUGUGUCAGUCACACAAAAGGAAGAAUGGAAAGAUAAAGAAAACUGACUUUCUCUUCAUUGAUUUUCUUAAGGGUCUUAUUGUGGCGGUUCUCUACUGUUUCCUGAACCAGGAGGUUCAGAAUGAAAUACGCUUACAAUGGAUGCGAAAUCAAGAGGGGAGUUACGUUGUCGUCCCUGUUGGAGCCAAAGGAAGUCAGAUGGACACUCCAUUCUAG